AAAUCAAAAAUAAAUCGGGAUUUUAUCCUUGGGCAUAAAACAGCGAUUUUUAUGUAAUGAUGUGUUCUGAUUUUUCCUUCGCAUUUUCCGCUGUGAGCUUGGUGCCCGCCUGACUACAGUUAUCGACUCGGCUAAAAAUAUGAUUUACCUUCGUACAGAUUGAAGAUGGACCAAGAAGAAUAUAAAGUUUCAUCAGAAUUAUACAGCGAAUUUAAUUAUGAAUCAUCCUCAAAACCCAUGGUAGAUAAAAACAAUGUGGUAUCAAAGUUCAAGUUUAGAUUUCCUCCACCACCCCCCAAAGUAGACGCAGAUGGCGAUUUGAUAGUUUCAAGAAAAAAAUCGAAAGAAAAAACUGGCGUUAUUGAAAUCGAACACAGUAAAAGUACAGUCCUCGGUCUGGUGGGUCUACAGAUAUGGCGAGGAGCGCUUUUGCUUGCCGACUGGUUAUUACAUAACUCCUCAACGUUUAAAGACAAGCACUACAUUUUAGAACUGGGCUCAGGAGUCGGUCUGAGCAGCAUUGUCGCUGGAAUAUUCACCCCUGUGUUUUGCACCGAUAUCAAUAAAGGCGGGUUAUUGAAACUUAUCAAAGGGAACGUACUACGAAAUGUUCACUUAACCAAGCAUCCAAUCACAGUCCUGGAGCUGGAUUUUAUGUCACAGGUGCUUCCCCGAGAAAUCGUAACUUCAAUUGAAAAAACUCCAAUUGUAAUAGCUGCAGAUGUCGUUUACGACGAUGUUAUCACUGAAGCCUUUGUUAAAACCGUUGGCCACAUUUUAUCCAAACCUCCGAGAAGAUCUGUCUACGUUGCGUUAGAAAAACGCUUUGUUUUUACGAUAGCUGACUGUGAUGCGGUUGCACCGUGUUAUGAGCACUUUAUAAAGUGUCUGGAAAAGCUCGAGAACAUUCACAAAGAGGAAGUUGCGUUGGAUUUUCCGCAAUAUUUUCACUACGACCGGGUCAAAGAGCUGGUUUUGUGGAAAAUAACGUCGAACUUUGACGAAAUAAACAAUAUUCCGUGAAGUAUUUACAAUACAUUGUAUAAACAAAGUUUCAACGUUUUGACUAAACACGUCAUUUUAAUACAAAUAUAAGUUGUCGAUUUGUCCUUUA